AUGGUUUUUGGAUUGGGUAAACACGAUAAAGACGACUCAAAGGGAGAUAAUGAUGGUUCUAAGUAUGAUUCACUGAACAUAGGUAGAGGUGACGACAGUUAUGGCUCGUCAAGGAGAGGUGGUGACUCCUACGGCAAUGACGACAACACCUACGGAUCAAAUAAGAGCGGAGGUUCCUACGGCAAUGACGACAGCUAUGGCUCGUCAAAGAGAGGUGGUGACUCCUACGGCAAUGACGACAACACCUACGGAUCCUCCAAUAGAGGAGGAGAUGAUAACACCUACGGAUCCUCCAAUAGAGGUGGAGAUGAUAACACCUACGGAUCCUCCAAUAGAGGUGGAGAUGAUAACACCUACGGAUCCUCCAAUAGAGGUGGAGAUGAUAACACCUACGGAUCCUCCAAUAGAGGUGGAGAUGAUAACACCUACGGAUCCUCCAAUAGAGGUGGAGAUGAUAACACCUAUGGAUCCUCCAAUAGAAGUGGAGGUUCCUACGGCAAUGACGACAGCUAUGGCUCGUCAAGGAGAGGUGGAGACUCCUAUGGCAAUGAUUACUAA